AUGCCCCAGAUGAGCCUGUCCUGGAUGGACCUGGGGUCGGUGGUUGCCUCCCCAUGGCUGCUCCUGCUGCUGGCUGGGGCCUCCUGGCUCCUGGCUCACGUCCUGACCCAGAUCUACACCUUCUAUAAAAACUCUCGUCGCCUCCAAUGUUUCCCUCAGCCCCCCAAACGGAACUGGCUCAUUGGUCACCUGGGCAUGGCACCCCCCACAGAACAGGGCCUGAAGGAAGUGACUCAGCUAGUGGGCACCUACCCCCAGGGCUUUAUGGUGUGGAUGGGUCCCAUCUUCCCCCUCAUCAAUUUGUGCCACCCUGACAUCGUCCGAUCUGUCCUCAAUGCCUCAGCUGCGGUGGCACUUAAGGAUGUGGUCUUCUACAGCUUCCUGAAACCCUGGCUAGGGGACGGGCUCUUGCUGAGUGCUGGUGACAAGUGGAGCUGUCACCGUCGUAUGCUGACUCCAGCCUUCCACUUCAACAUCCUGAAGCCAUAUAUGAAGAUUUUCAAUGACAGCACCAAUGUCAUGCAUGCCAAGUGGCAGCGUCUGAUCUUGGAGGGCAACACCAGUCUGGACAUGUUUGAGCAUGUCAGCCUCAUGACUUUGGAUACUCUGCAGAAAUGUGUCUUCAGCUUUGACAGCAACUGUCAGGAGAAGCCCAGUGAAUAUAUUGCCGCCAUCUUGGAGCUCAGUGCCCUUGUGGCCAAAAGGAACCAGCAACUACUUUUGCACAUGGACUUCCUGUUCCGUCUCACCCCUGAUGGGCGGCGCUUCCGUAAGGCCUGCCGCCUGGUACAUGACUUCACAGAUGCCGUCAUCCAGGAACGACGCCGAACUCUCCCUGAACAUGGUAUCGAUGACUUCCUCCAGGCCAAGGCCAAGUCCAAGACAUUGGAUUUCAUUGAUGUGCUGCUGCUGACCAAGGGAUUGGAAGCAUAG